AGUUUGUAAGAGCAUAAUGAUUUCCUGCUGCAAACAGAUUAAAACCCCAGCAUUGAACUCUCAGCAGCAGUUGGCUCAAUGCAGGUACCACCAGCCAUGGCUAACCUCAACGUGACAGUUCGGAGCUCAGGCAUCGACUUUCCAGGGCACCUACACACACUGCAGUCUUUACAAUACGCUCAGGAGUUCCAGUUUCAGGACACUGAUACGGUGAUCAUUACGUAUCCCAAAUCAGGUACCACGUGGAUGCAGGAGAUCCUCACACUUAUUUACAGUGAUGGGGACACACUGCCUGCGAAAACUAUCCCAAACUGGCUUCGUGCUCCAUGGAUUGAACAUUACUAUUCUGAGAGUGUUCUAGUGAACAAAUCGGACCAUCGAAUUCUCACCAGUCACCUUCCCUAUCACUUCCUCGCCAAGCCUCUCAAACAGUCCAAUGCAAAGGUGAUUUAUGUUGCAAGAAAUCCAAAGGACAUAGUUGUUUCUUUUUAUCAUUUCCACAAAAUUGCAAACUUUCUACCCGAGCCUGGGACUUUUGGGGAAUUUCUGGACAAAUUUUUAAUCGGAGAAGUGAACUUUGGAUCGUGGUUUGAACAUAUCAAAGAAUGGCAGAGUCACAGGGAUGAACUCAACUUCUUAUUUAUCACCUAUGAGGAGCUCAAAAAGGACCUGAGAAAAUCUGUCACAAAAUUGUGUAACUUUUUGGAGCAUCCUCUCUUACCCAAUGCAGUAGAUGCAAUUGUACGGCACUGCACUUUCGAAAACAUGAAAGAAAACAAGAUGAUCAACUACACACUUAUUCCCAAAGAAAUAAUAAACCACGAAAGAGGAAAAUUCAUGAGGAAAGGGGUAGUUGGAGACUGGAAGGAGCAUUUCACACAUGAACAGAAACAAGCUUUUGAGAAAAUAUUUCAGAAUGAAAUGAGCAAUUCCAACAUUACGCUCAACUAUCCUUUAUAGCACUUGCCUCUGAAAACCAAGACACCACGUCCAGGAGUGGGCCAGCUCGUCUCUUAUGCAUACACCACUAUUCAAUACAACAUGGCUGAUCCACCCAGUGCCAAAAUCUGGGUUCGAUCCCAAGGUUGGAUGCUAUGAGUUUACACGCUCUUCCUACGACCAUGGGUUUUUUUUUCCAGGUGCUUCAGUUUCCUCUCAAAUCCCGGAAGGAGUGGUGGUAGAUUAACUGGCCACUGUAAACAUCCAUUAAUAUAUCAGUGGGUGAUGGAAUCAGUGGAGCUUAUGGGAAUGUGGGGAAAGACAUGGGAGUAGAAUUAGGCCUCUCAGCCUAUCGAGUCUGCUCUGCAAUUCCAUUAUGACUGAUUUAUUAUCCCACACAACCCCAUUCUUUCGCCCCAUAACCUUUGAUGCCUUGACUAAUUUAAGACCAAAUCAACCUCUGCUUCAAAUAUACUCAAUGACUUGGCCUCCACAGCCAUUCAUGGCAAAGAAUUCCAAAGAUUCACCACCCUCUGGCUGAAGAAAUACCUUCUUAUCUCUGUUCUAGUUGGAUGUGCCUCUAUUCUGAGGCUGUGCCCUAGACUCACCCACUAUAGAAAACAUCCUCUCCACACUCACACUGCCUAGGCUUUUUGAUAUUCGAUAGGUUUCAAUGAGAUCACCCCUCAUUCUUUUAAACUCUAGCAAAUAAAUGCCCGAAGCCAUCAAACACUCCUCAUACAUUAACGUAGUACAAGCUAAUGUUUGACUUUAUUAAUCACCAAUUAAAGCAUUGAGAAAGUGUGGUAAACUAUGUAUAUAUGUUGUAACUUGGUUACCUGUCUGGACACACCCCUCUGCUGACUGCCCCUGUGGCUCCUCCCACAGAGUCCUGUAUAAAGGUGUUCGCCUUGCCCCUCCCCCUCAGUCCGGGGGCAGACACUCACUGUGGAGGUCGUAUUGUACAGCAAAUAAAAGCCUUUCAGUAUUUUACCAAACCUCAGUCUUUUGAAGGUGCUUCAGAAAGAUCGAGACAUCUAGCCGAAUGUGGAAGGUGAGCAAGGGUUCAGUACCACCUACCUACCUUUUGAUCGUUGAUGGUAUCCCUCUGCUUCCCAAGGAGUCUAUGUGGCAGCUCGUUGUGGACGGUGGUGGGGGGAGAGAGCAGGGUAGGCCUCUGCAUUCAAGUGGUGUAUCUCCCUUUCGAUGAUGUCGGAGGAUGUUAUAGAGGCUCUGUGUUAAUGAAUUGGACUAUUGUGUUUAUGGACUGUAGAUUUUCUCAUGGUUUUUAUAUUAUGUUUUUACCCAUUCUUUCUCUUUUUUUUUUGUGUGUGGGAGGGGGUUCAGAGAUUGAUGUAUUGUUGCGUUUUGUUAGUUUUUGUGGGAUGGGGUGGGGUGGUUUAAUAAUUGUGUUGCCAUUCGUUUUUGUG